GCGCGCUGAUGACAUGAGUGGGGGCGCGGGUGGAUGACGUGGGGGCGCCAUGGCGCUGCUGGGCCGGCUGGGAGCAUUGCUGCAGAGGGCGGUGGAAGCGGAAGAGCCGCGCCUCGACCUCCCGGCCGCCUUUACGGAGCACUGGAAGGGCUUGACCCACUACUACCUGGAGGCCUCCGACGAGGAGAAGCCGGCCAAGCAGACGGAGAUUCCCUGGCGCCUGAAGCAGAUGCUGGACAUCCUGGUCUACGAGGAGAAGCAGCAACGGGAAGGCGAGCAGGGCCCUGCUGAGUACCUGCUGCAGCACCGGAUCCUGGAGACGCUCAGCGCUCGGGGAAAGCCCAGCAUUCAAGGCAGCCAAUAUCCUCCGGGAAUGAGGUCACAGGUGCUUCUCUUUUUCACUCGCCUGCUGGGGCAGAUGCAGAGUCCUCUCAUGCAUUACUUCAAUGUUUACCGGCCUGUUCAGAAACUUAUUCAGCUUCAGGGUGAUGUUGGGCCCGAGCCAGAGAAGGAAGUGUUGCAGUUUAUUGCUGUUCUGUGUACAAAAAUCAGGCAAGAACCUGCUCUCCUGCACAUGUCCCUGGCCAGAGCCUGCCUUCUUCUGAAGAACAGGGUGGAGGGCUGUGUCCAGAGAAACCCCUCGGAGGGGACCCCACUGCUUCCCCGGCUGAAUUUGGUGACUUCUCUGAUUGGCUUGUGCAAGAGCAAGAACAAGAAGGUUGCACUAAAAGCCCAAGAGAAUCUACUGCUUCUUACCAGUGUGGACCAUCCAACCGCUGCCCAGGCCUUGGCCCAAGACAGCCUGCUGUGCCUUCUGCUAGCCAACUAUCUCUGCUCCCUCUACAAUGCCAUCCCUGGUACCACCAACCCUGCUGAUAUUGCCACGCUUCCACCAGUCCAGUGGAGCCUCAGACAAGGGAGCUCCUUCCCAGGGAAACACAGCCUCCAGGCUUUCUUUGGCUGGAUGGAUUUUUGUGACUGUCUCGUGAAAGAGGCUCAUCCCGUUAUUGGAGAUGCUCUGAGCACGACUGUGGGUCGGAGGUUCUUCCUGGAAACCUUGCAGCCUCAACUCUUGCAGAUGUCAGACUCUGGGAUUCUCUUUUCACUAGCCCUCCUGAAGGGGCUGGUUAGGCAGAUCCAUGCUCCUGCCCUCCUUCAGCAGCUGGUUGGGCUUCUGCUGGGAGCGGAAAUAGAUCCUGUCGGACCCAGCAAUUCAGCCUGCCGGCAAGAGAGGACCACCCUCUGCUCACAGCUGAUUGAGUACUGCAGCCAUCCGUCCGAUGAGCCUUUCCUCCCUGCUGAGGAUUUGAAACGAGAGCCGAGUUUUCCACUUGAGCAGCUUCGCAAUUCCCAGGGUCAGCAAGGAAAUGGAAGCCCCUUUGGAGCAGGUCAGUGUGGCCACCCUGCGCUGUUUGAGGAGCUGGUUUGGCUUCCUGACCAGCGCAUCUUGCAGAGCCUGGUGCUGGGCCAUCUGGAGGAGCGCAGCUACGUCUUGGGAACUCUGCUUGGUCAGGAAGACCUGGCCGUCCCUGAGCAAGAGUCUGGGGAAGAGGGGCUAGACCUCGAGGAAGACCCUUACUUUGCAGAUGGACUCCCAGCCACCAUGCUCCAGAGGCAAAACCAAGCAGCUCCUUGGGCUCCAGAGGAAGGGCCUGGCCGGCCAGAAGGGCCUAGGGAUGUGAAGGAGGCAGUUAGCAGCUUCCUUUGCCUCGUACCAAGUGAAGUGAAGACCUCACCGUACCUGGAGGAGGCAGGAUAUGACACUUACGUCCAUGAUGCUAAAGAACUGUUUGAAGAAUGCUGUGCGAAUGUUGCGCCCUGGACAUGGCCCCAGGUUCAACCACCCCAGAAGCCAGCCUUGCGGGACCCCCCAUUUUAUGAGGGCCGUUUCCUGGAGGUGCUCUUCGACCGGCUGGCCCAGAUCUUACACCAGCCCUACGCAGUGAACCUGCAGGUGACAUCGCUGCUGUCCCUGGCCCUCUUCCCACACCCUCAUCUCCACGAGUUCCUCCUGGACCCCUACCUCCCUCUGGCCCCUGGCUGCAGGACCCUCUUCUCUGUGCUGAUUAGGGUGAUUGGCAGCCUGAUGCACAUGGCUCAUCGGAUCACAGACUUUCCGGCCAAUUUGCUGCUGGUGCGGAGGAAGCUCAUGGGGCAGGUGUCAGAGGAGCACCCGAUCAGUCACCAGAUGCUCUUGGAGGGAGUGAUUGUGCUGGAGGAAUUCUGCAAAGAGCUGGCUGCCAUCGUCUUUGUCAAGUCUGCCCUCAAGGGCCCGCCUGGGCAGAGCCAGCCAUGCCCGCCUUCACCCAACUGAGAACUCUGGGUCUCCUUGGCUGAGAGCAACCCACACAGACUUCCUGGGGCAGCUGCCACCGCUUGUCCUUGGCAUAAAGGGGCUCCAAACAAGGAGGGACAGUUGGGAUGAGCAGCUCGUCAGCAGCCCUGGCUCAGCUCUCCCAAGAAACAUCCUCUCCGGUCUUCCUUGACCAGGCUGGAACUUUGUUGGCUGCCUUCUGGUGCCUGACCCGGAUUUUGCCACUCCUGGUCGUACCCUGGAGGUCUUCUUGGCAGCUUCCUCAAGAACAGACAGCUCCAGAUGAAGCAUCUGCAUUUAUCUUCUAACAAACAGUAGCAAGACAAGGGCUGUUUUCAGCUUAGUUUAGCCACCGGGAUUAAAUCAUGGAGGUCCUUGUAAAA